GGAUGGAUUUUUGGGGGGACCGGUGUUCUAAAUCAAGAACAUGGAGCCGGUUUCUAAAUUCCAUCUCCCCCUUCAAAUAAUAUAUUGUUCUUUCGUAAAUGGAUCGAGGUUAGGUUGCUUGUUCGUUCGGGGAUUUCUGCGGUGGUUUGUUUUAGGUUGGGAUCGAAGACGAGUCUCGCCACUUAAUUAUUUCCAGCGCAAUGCCGCGUGAAUCUUGAGCAGAUUUGACUCUUGCUCGUGCGCCACACUUGAUCUACCGAAGGAUUUGCAAUAUGGCAGAAUCCACCGUCACGAGGUACUGGUGCCACCAGUGUGAGCAGGCCACCGAGGAGGCCAUGGUGGAGGAGAUCAAGUGUCCACUAUGUGACAGUGGAUUUGUCGAGGAGAUGAUCGGUGAGCACUUUGAGGCAUUGGCAAGGCAGCUACCGGAGCAAGGGCUCUCGCAGUGGGACCCUGUGGACAACUCUUUUGAGCAGCCAGGAUCAGUGGGGGACAGCGAUGAUGAAGAUAAUAGCGAUAUAGGCCGUGAGUUUGAGGGAUUCAUCAGAAGGCAUCGACAGGCAUCGGCACUACGCCGUGUGCUUGAUAGUAUCCAUGAUGACCUUAGAGAUGACAGGGAAAGGGACAACUCCAUUCUGGUCAAUGCCUUCAACCAGGCCCUCGCUCUGCAAGGUGCAGCGCUUGACCCUGACGAGGACCGAGGUGACAAUGGUAACUCAGGUAAUGAUGAUGGUUUGCUAGAAGAGUAUGUCCUUGGGGCAGGGCUGAGCCUGCUUCUUCAACAUUUGGCUGAGAAUGACCCAAGCCGGUAUGGCACCCCUCCUGCAAGGAAAGAAGCAAUCGAAGCACUGCCUACUGUCAAAAUCAAAGAGGCUGUCAGCUGUUCAGUCUGUCUUGAUGAUCUAGAGCUUGGAUCCCAAGCUAAGCAGUUGCCUUGUGAACACAAGUUCCACUCUCCUUGUAUCCUGCCAUGGCUUGAACUCCAUAGUUCCUGCCCAGUUUGCCGGUUCGAGCUGCCAUCCGGUGAGACAAAAGAUUUGAGUGAGCCUAGUAAUGUUGAUCGAGAGAGCAGCCAGGAGGAGGUCUUAGCUGAUGGCCCUACAAAUGACAGCGAGGACAGUAGUAGACCUUGGGCCAUUGUUCCUUGGUUUAGUGGACUGUUCUCGACGCCUGAACCACAGAAUGUCAGAGGUACUUCUACCGAUCAGCAGCUGCCUCCCGCUUCUGGAACCAACCCAAGUGCAGGGCAUAGUUGAUCUCUUCCAUUGUCUGUGAAUAAUGAUCAUACAUCUGAGGAUAGUGAUGCAACUUUGUUCAGUAGAACUCCUAUUUUUAUCUAUCGGGAAGAACAACUGGGUACAAAGUUUGUGACUGCUUUUGACAUAUGAUUUGCGCUAAUUUCAGUUUGCUUCCAUCUUAUAA